GGUUGGUGUUGAAAGGGAGAUUGUCACUCAUGGGAAGACAUCUAAAAUGAAUGUGGUUGAAAUUGAAUCUGAAGGUUUGAGGAUUGAGUGUGCUCUAUUUGGUGUUUAUGCUGAUGAGCUGACCAACUUCCUUGGUGGUGGUGACCUAAAUAACCCUGUUGUUAUUGUUCAGUUUGCCAAAGUUAAAUCUUUCCAAGGCAAUAAUAGUAUCCAAAAUGUACAUGGUGCCACCAAGAUAUUGUUUGAUCCACCUGUACCGAUGGCUGAUGUGUUGAAGAGGAGGUUUUUGGAAAAAAAUGAUAGUGGUUCUAGGUCUCUUAGCCAGUUGACAGAUUCUAAAAGUGUUUCUGGUGAGGAUGACUUCUUGGUAUUAACUUCUAGCAAGACAAUUGCUGAAUUGAAGGAUUUGAAGAAGGACGUUAUCUGUGUUGUGUAUGGUAGGAUUUGUCCAAUUGAAGAAGGUGUUGAGUGGUGGUACACGGCCUGUAGAUGUAAUAGGAAGGUGUAUGCUGAUGAAAAGAUGUUCUUUUGUGAAAGCUGUAAUCGCCAUGUCCUUGCAGUGUAUCCUAGGUAUCGUUUGCAGCUGACUGUGGAAGACCAUACUGGGAUUGCUAAUUUGGUUCUUUUUGAUAAGGAAGCAUCUUCGUUGGUGGGAAGAUCAUGUACUGAAAUGGUUGAAGUGACUGAAAAGGAUGAUGGUUCUAAUGGAAUUCCGGAGGAAAUUGCUAAGUUCAUUGGUACAGCUGCUCUUUUCAAGAUUGAGGUUAAGAAUUUUACUAGCCUAAGGUUUGAUAGGUCCCGUUUUGAGGCGUCGUAUCGUGUUAAGCGAGUGUGUACAGAUGAAGAUAUUAUACAGCAGUUCAAAAAAAUGCAGCUGGAGCACAAUGUACGUGUUCAUUUGCCUUAUUUUUGCUAUACAUAUUUUCCUAAUGAUGGGUCUGAUAUUAAUCCUUACGGGAUAAAGGUUGGGGCAUCUUCAAGCUGUGUUAUGGUGACUCCCCAGUCAACAUUGAAGCAUGAAGGAGUUGCAAAGGAUUUGAUGGAAGAUUUUGGGACUGUUGGGGAUGACAAGUCACCUGUAACACCCUUUGCACUGGAGUCUCCUACCAUUGAUUUGAAUGGAGAUACUCAGGACAUCAUAAACUCUAAAAGGAGUCUAUCAACUGAAAAUGAAGAAUUGGUGUCCGGGUUUGGGAGGAAGAAGAAGAUGUCACUCAAGAUGAAGAAGGACAAGAUGUGAUUGACAUUGGUUGUGUGGUGCAGUGUUUGUAGAAUGUUUAUUUUAACGGAUGUGUUUGUUAAGAAGCAAUUUGUUUAAGUGUUUGUGAAGAAGCAACUUCCAGUUGCAGAUUAUCAAGUGUGUAGGAACAGUUUGUGUAAGUAUUGGUGAAGAAGCAACGUUUAGUUGCAAUUUGUCAACUGUGUAGGAUUAGUUGUUUACUAUUUGGAUUAUUUAAGUUUUUGAAUGUUGGUAUUGGAUGAUUGUAAGGAAA